UCCCUUUCCAACGUAUUCGCUACCAGUUCUCCGAAGGAUGAAAUGGUCUUCCUCUGUGUUCGUAUCCAACCUGGCCAGUCACCUAAAAUGGAAGCGAUUGUAAAUGCAAAUUUCGGUUCAAAAAAGACCAGCGACGGAGUUAAGUACGAAAACGUUCAGUGGACUCAAGUAAUCGUCGGACAAAAUCAGGGCAAUGACGGUACUAUUACAAACGAUACCCCAUUCUAUGGAAGGAUUUCGAACUUAAACAUCUGGUUUAACUCUCUCACUGAUGCCCAAAUUACAAAUUGGUACAACGAAGUUCAGAAAUAUUACAUACCUAACAUUCUUAAAUGGCCAGAACUUGGUUCUUCUUCCAGGAUUGGAGACGUUCAUUUUGUAAAGGUCACUUCUGCUGAGAGACGUAAGUUUAAUGGACUUGAUACUCUGCCUUAUUAUCCAACUGCAUUAAGCAAAGUACGAAUAACGUGCGAGUCGAGUACAAAUAUCCUGAGAUAUUGUACAAGUGGUUAAGCCUGUUUAACCGGUCGGCUACGUGCACUACGCUUCUCUACCUGCCUCGCUUUUCCUACUCUUAAAGAAAUGCGCUUGAAAUUAAUAAAGCAGUUGGAUCAUAAAUAUCUUAUUAGAGUAGACUCAUUGUUUGUAGUUUGACUCGCCCUCCGUGCUCGUCAAAAUACGGCACAAGUCGUAAAAAUACUCAGCGAUACUACACACCAAAAUGUCUAAUAUGAUAUAUCUGUUGUACUAAAUGCAAAGUUAAAUUUAUCUAGAAAAAGUGGGUGGGAAGGGAUGGAGAGUAGGAAAGUGCUUAAGGACAUCUGACUUUCUGUCGUUUACCAGGACUUACCAAUAACCCAAGGGAAAACUAUAUUUGAUGCACAAAGCGAGCAAACUGCUCAUCUCUAAUCAUUAGAAAGGAUUUGAAGGUCUGACAAGGCUUGAAGGAGAGGCGAGGGUUUCGGAGCCCUCUGACCUCCCCCCCUAGAUUCGCCCUUGUCAACACGUAAACGCUGGCUAUAAACCUACCAAAAACUGUGUUUUUAAUUAUUACUCUAAGUCGAGCUAUCGGGUCUAUACUUUAGUUAUGGUGGGUGAUUCUUUAUUUUUCUGUUUAGAGUGGCGUGACGUUUUGGAUAGUGAGGUGGAUGUACAAACAACAAAUAAUGUUUCGGCGACAAAAUCUUUUAAGAGUGGAUCUGGAGUUGUUAUCGAAGUUGAGCGUCAGUCACCAGUCUCUUGUAGUAAUGCAAUUGAUUCGGCCACAGUUGACGGCGUGUUGAUAUCUGUAGAUGGAAGCUGGAAACGAAUCAAAUACAAGCAGACGUUCAUGGAAACUCAGAAAUGUUUUGCAAUUUUUGGGAGCGUUCCUGAUUGGUGAGAUAUUUACUUCAUCUCUCAUAUUUCUCUUGUGAGUAUCGUCCAUCUGGAAAUUCACGGGAAGGGGAGGGUUGAGAUACUUUGAGAUUCAUUAAUUCUAAACUUUACAAAAGCCCUUGAAAGGUCAGAGCACCAAAUUACUGUGUCUUAUAGUGUGUGAGGAAACAUCUCUGUCAUUUAUGAAUUUGCGAACAGCAGUUUUGGAAAAGCACUGGGUGUUCUGUCUGUCAACCUCGUUUAUUUCGAACGCUUCAAUUCAGGGUUUUAAAGCCCUGAGAAAAAGCAAUUACAACAUUAUCUGGAGAAAAGCAAAAAUAACGUGUCAUAGCGGACUCAGUUUACGUUUUUGAUGUCAAACGCGGGAAAACAGGGGAAUUUCAGGCUGUAUCGUUACUUGAACAAAGCAGUGACUUUUUUAUUUCGGCCAAAAGAACUUUUUGUCCAAGUAACAAUCCUUGGUUAAUUCUUUCAUCACCACAGGGCCUCUGGUAUAUUCAAUCCCCGUGUUUUGGAUUUCGACCUUGAUUUGGAUGAACUUUGGAAAGAAGAAUAUCUUGGCCCAAACGGUAACAAACGCAUCUUAUAAACCUUGUAAGGGAUUUAAAGUUAACUGGUAACGUCACUUAAGGAGGAGUGCCUUAUCAGCCUAAAAUAAUUUUCUUUAGUAAGUUUUUCCCUUAAUUCUCAGAUUUAAAUUAUGAAACCGUUCAAAAGUGACGAUAGAACUUCACCAUGUGAUAUAUAAUAUCAAACUGUUUAAAGCCCUCUCUCCUCACUUCUACAAGGAAAGGAAUACAGCAGAGUUAAGGCACUGAAAAACUUAUCAAUAACAAGGCUAGUUUGUAUUUAGCGAAUGCUUCACUUGUAGUUAUAUUAUUUGACGACUCUUGGGUCCGAACCUCACUCGACGUUUCCUUUGCUCCAAAGUCUCACCGUUACAUCAAUUUGUUUUGGACAAAAAUAGAUCAUCGUGGUGUGAUCUGUAAGACUGUACUAAUAUACACAGGAAAAACAUCUGUGUAGAGUUCAGAUAUUUAUGAUAACACUGAAUAAGCAUGCUGAUGAUUAAACACUGUAAUACUACAUUAGAUUUGUCUCCAUGUUAUUUUUAAGGUAAUCAUUUCGAUGGCGUGAAUGCUUUGUGCGGUGAUGAACACUUUUGGAUGGUAAAUCAACCAAAUACUCCGGUAGCCGGAGUCAGUCUAAGACGAAAGAGCGGCAGGGCGAUUGCCGGGAUAUCCACCUUUGGCAAGUGUGGGAUGUUCAAGUUCAAGAUUUCUGAUAUUCGUGUUCUGGAAUAAGAAUUCUGUAUCGAGUCCUGGCUAAUCCAAGUUGUUAUUGGCGACACAAGUUGCGGUCCUCUCCCAGCUGAUGCUUGUGAUGUCAUGACAGAAUGUCACGUGGCAUUCCAAACAAAGGCUUCGAAGGAGAAUUAACACGUAAUUGCCUUUAGCGCCUUUGACUGGCUAGGACUUGAGCCUGCGAUUAAUUGAUAAGUUUGUGCAGUUAAAUCACCUUUUAAGCCCAACAGCACUAUGACAGUAAACUGCAUAAGAAGCAGAGCUGGAUAUUACUUUACGUUGAAAUAAUUAGAGUGUUUGCUAUUUUAUAGACACUGAUAGUCGAAUGAACACAAACUGUUGAGGGAAGACGAUCAAGAUCCCACAUUCAGCUUGUUUUCACUCGUUCUAAGGCCGUUUUUUUUUCACAUCUAAUUAUAAGAAUUAACACAACAAACAGCCUGUGGCUAAAAGUAGUCAUGUUCUCACUUCACUUUAGAGACGAAAACGGGAAUAUAUGAAUACGUUGCUGACUGUUUUACAGCCGUUGUAAUACUUUGAACAAGGUUUAUGGUAUGUAAUGUGAAAAGUUUUUUGUUCAUUCAUUCCAAAAAUUUUGUUUACACUCGUGUUGAAAUUCUAUCAGGGAAGGAGGUACUGGGAACUAGUUUAGCCUUCGCACUUAUUAUAGGUAAAUCGUCUGUGGAUUUUUACCAAAAAAAAAAGGCCGAAAUAAAAUUACUUCGCACUGAAAACCCUCUUAGCUGUCGUAUGGUCAGAAAAGACACGUUUCAAAUGCUGGUACACCAAGGGCGCAGGGUAUUCCAUUAAAUGAAGUUACUUAUGCGUUAAAGACCAAACAGAAGAUAAAUCAGAAAACAAACAUGAGUGAAUCAGAAGAUGUGUUAUCAUUGGCACGUUUGGAACGACAGGGACUGGUGCCAAGUUUUUUUAAUAUAUCACUCGAAGUACAAGUUCUGGGUGCUAACGCCGCCUUGAAUGCUGCUUGUUUCCAAAAUAUAUCCAAUUCAUGACCAUAGUUUUAAUUCCCUGGUAACUGCUUGAGAAUGUGGUGUGAGAUUUUGCCAGACCAGUCAUAUAGAAACUCAAAAUAGAAAAAUACCGGAUUACAGAUUACUCUCCACACUCUAAAGAAAAAUUCUCCACUGAGUAAGAAUCCGCGAGAAACUAAGCGCCUUGAACCUCUUCGGGGUGUCAUUUCGCUCGCUUAUUCGCUUAUCUGCUAAUUUGAUUGAACCGAAACCAAUACAAGGCUUAAACAUGUUUUGAAGCUGCUUUGUUAAACAAGAUCGAAAGUUGUUUUCUAAAUAGAAGCUACUUAAACCGAUGUUUGCCGACUUCAGUUGUUGCACAUAAAAAAAAUCAAGUUAGCGAGUACUUUAUCCUAUGGAAAAUAGAGCUCUUCAAUUCUCUGUUUAUGAUUUUCAUUUUAGUAAAACCCGGUUUAACCAAGCAUAGAUUGCUGGCGUGAAUGAGGUACAAGAGAGUCACGAAUAGGGAAGUAUUCCUUCUUUAUGUUUUUCGAGGAAAACGAAACAGUUUACACACACACACGCACACAGGGAACAGCAAAGAAUACAUAGGGAAAAAAAUGGACGAAAAUGACAAAUAUUUUAUUCUUCUUCCUGAGCCAGCUUUGCCAUGGGAAAAUUUUCCUCGUCAGUAGAUAUAACAUAUAAUAAAGGAAGAUAAACAUUAUAAAGCUGUUUUAAUUAAAACCUCUGGACUCCCAGGGUGCAAAAGAAGUAUUUUAUGAGCUUAUACUUGUCACGCGAUGCAAGAACACCUGUUCGAGAUUAUUGAAAUAUAUGUUUUUAUUUCGAUUAAAACAUCAGACCAAUUCGUACAGUUGCAGAUAUAUAGAGGUUAUAUGUUAUCAACUGUAAUUAAUUUAGUUAGAUUCUGCCAGAUCAGUGACAUAGCAAAUGAAAAUAGAAAAUUACCAUUCCAGAUUACUCUCGACAUCAAAUGAAAAUUUCUCCACUGAGCUAGAAUCCGCUGGAAAUUAAGCGCAUUGAGCCGCUUUCGGGGUGUUUUUUCGCUCGCUUAUUCGAUUAUUCGGUUGAAAUGAGACCGAGAGAGUCACGGAUAAGAAAAUAUUCCUUUUUGAUGUUUUUCGAGGAAAACGAAACAGUUUAUACGCAACGUUUAGUUUUGUUUACUCGAGUUUCUCCAGUGGCUACCACACGCACAAGGAACAGCGAAGAACACAUAGGGGAAAGAAUGGACGAAAAGAGGUCUUAAUUGAUAUUUUAUUGUUCUUCUUGAGCUGGCUUUGCAAUAGGAAAUUUUCCCCGCCGGUAGAAUUCUUUGACGACAAGGGAGAAUAAACACAAUAAAGCGAAAAAAAGUGUUUUAAUUGAAACCUCAGGGGACCUUUAGGGUGCUUCACUGGUCUAGGUGCUCUUGUAGCGAGGUAUGUUAUCAGGUCGUCCUUGUCAUGCAAUGUAAGAACACCUGUUCGGCAUUAAGGGAACAAUGAAAUAUAUAACUAAUUCGAUUAAAACAUCAGAGCUAUUCUUUCAGUUUAAGAUAAAUAAAGGCGAUAUUUUACUGAAUACUAUGUAGUAAGAUAUUGCUUUCGAUUUGGGAAAUCUAUAGCCUACAAAUAGAGCCGCUGCAGUUAAGGGUAACUGUGAAGGACAACAUACGUAAUAAUUUGAAAGAUAGAGCUUUUUGUUCGCUACAGAAAGUUUUAAUUUCAUUAGGCACUCUCUGUCUUCAAAUGAAAUUAAAAAGAUUCUCGGAAAUUUUAAAACAAUCAACGAGGUGGGAUGUUGAAAAUGUUAUUCUGCGGAGUGAAAGUUGUUUAGAAAACAGAAGUACUCUCUGAUAGCUUUUGGGGUUAUACGAGAGUUUCGAGUGUUUUCUGUAAGUCUCAACAACAUGAAUACUUUCGGAACAGCUUCGCCUCAUUGGUUACACAGGAAAUUACCUCAUGAAUAUACUUCUGAUUUCCUAGCAAAACCUGUAGGGAAUGUUCAUCUAACAUUAGUGUUUACUUUUAAACACCUGCUUUCUAUUGUUAAUAAUUUCUAGACUGCUAUUUAUGCAGGAGAUAGAUGGUAUAGAGAUGAAACACUUUCCGGCUAUUCAAAGAAAUGAGAAUGCAGUUAAUAUUCUAGUGGUUUAAAAUAAGGAAAUAAAUACCAAAAGCCGACUGGGGUGAAAUCUAAACAAGAGAAAAAACAAUUUGUUUUUCCAACUGUUUUCUAGGAAGCUAUAACUGCAAUCAGUCGGCUAAAGAUACAACGAAAGACCCUUAGAUUGAAGCUACACGUAGAAUUGGCUAAAUAAGCUAUGAAGGACUGAAUACAGUUCUCUGACAUCUUGGAAGGUGAGGAACAUUUUGGGUUAUAAUUUCACUACAAAUUUGCUAAGGAUUAGCGACAAGAAUCACAAUUCUGUUAUGUUUGAUAAUUUAGACUUAGGAGAAAUGUCCUUUUUUUCUAUAGGAUUUUUGGAAUGUGGCCGUUGUCCUAAAUAUAAAGGGUCGAUCAAUGUUUUUGGCCAGAAAUGUUAUUUUUUUUACUGUUAUGUAAAAAGAUUUUCAAUUUCGGUUGUUAUCCGUGUCCAUUCUAUUUUGAUAUUUUAUUACCAGAUUUCAUCAUGAAAAAAACCAAAAAAACACUCCCAUACGUACACGUAGCACAUUACUCGAGAUCUUUUCGUUCUUUAUCAGUAUGUUGAGCGCUAAAUAAGCGGGCACAUCUUCCUAACUUCGUCUUUUUUCCCGCCCAGAAUUGACCCGCGAACUGAUCUUACACAAAUUUCAAUUAUUUUCCUUCCACUUUCGUCGAAAAAGAGAAGGAGAAUUUAUCAGACAAUGGUGACCAAUUUACUUGAAAUCUAUCGAUUGUAUACAGGUCAACAUAAGGCUAAUGCUAGUUAUAUCGAAACUUAAAACACGGCAAUGAAAGCAAGUACUCUACUUCUUGGUUUAUAAUUACUUGUGUGAUCGAAAGGAAUUGAAUAAUACUCUCGCAGCAUUAUUCUUGAUUGAAAAGAAACCAGAAGUUGGAAGCAUCUUUCUCUUGAUGUAUAAUUUAUUACCGAAUAUUCUUGAUGAAUAUCUGACGGUGCGAAAGAACAGCUGUCCUUUUAAUCUCUUUCUCUCUCGUGAACGCAUGACUUUCGCUCGUUUGCGCGAGACCUUCUGCUCGUGUACGCGGUAUCUUUCGCUCGAGUGCUCGUGACUUUCUGCUCGGGUACGCAUGAUUGUUUGAUCGUAUACGCGUUACUUUUCGCUAGUGCGUGCAUAGGUUUUUGCUCGCGUGCACGAUAAUUUCCUCUGGUUUUGCAACUAAUUCAUUCCCACUAUGAGCUCAACUAAGAUACGUUUAAUAUAAAAACACAGGUGACAUGACUUGGACAUAUUGUAUUUUACAUCUUUUGGCAUCUUUUACCGCCCUCGUUAUGGCUGGUGCUCAAUGCCGGACAGAAAUCAGUAUUCCUGGUAUGGCUCUUGAUGGUUUUGUCUUCAAAAUAAUGUCAGCAACAGCCCCACAUCAGUGUGAAGUUCAUUGCGAAAGAGAAAUCACGUGUCAAAGCUAUAACUACGUCGUAGGAGAGAGAAUUUGCGAAUUGAAUAACCGUACCAAGGAGGCGAGGCCCCAAAAUUUCCGCUCUGACCCUGCACGGUUUUAUAUCCGACGUUUUAUCGGCAGAGGUAUGUGAUCAGUUUUAAUAGUUUCUGACAGUUAGUUUACUUCGGUGUCUUGAUGAAUCACCCACCAGUACCAAAGCCCUUCUUAUGAUGAUGAUAAAGAUGCAAUCACAAAAAUGCUCAAACUUUUUUGAGAUGACAUAGAGCGAACCACAGCAACGAAAUUGCUUAUCAAAGACACUCUUAAUUUUUCAGUUCCCUUGGGUUCCAUUCCUGAAUUACCAGCGAUAUCUUGCCGGGAAAUAGAGGCGAGUGAAGGCAAAUACGACAUCAGCAACAGGCACUGGCUGGAUAGCAGUUUGACGGGAAAGGCAGAGUUGGUUGAUUGUAGUGACACAGUGAAAGGUGUGUAUUACACUCUACUGUAUUUACUUCAUAUUUUACUUCAUAUUUUAUAUUUUAUACAUUCAAGUCUACUGAAGAGAAAAUUAAUGGACCACCAGCGAGCCUUUGCUCUCUCUUGAUUGUAACGACGCCUUUCUUCUAUUCCAUAAUGUUCCAUAACUCUUAUUGUUUGGUUUGUGACGUCACAGUGGCAAUUCAGAUGAUGAUGUUGAUAACAAGGACGAUGACGAUAAGAAAACAAUGGCGAAAAUUGCGAUCAGAAAACAAACGAACACACAAAAAUGUAAUAUACAAUGAUCACAUUAAUUUAUAAGUUUAUCAAAUUCCAUGAUACUUAAUAGUAAUUCAUGAUACGAUUUAACAACAAAUACGCCAAUUCACAAGGAGCAUUUAUAACGAUAGCCAGUAAUAUUACUUUCAAAUGUCAGUGAGCUGAAAACUCCUGUGGCAUGAGAUGUUCGCAGACCGUGACAUGUAAGUAUAAAACCUGCUCUUAAAGGCGCAGCCAAAUGCACGCAACAUUUCAACAUCUUGCAAUAAUGUUGGAUCGCGUUGUAAGAUGUUAUAAAGGAGCAAAAUGUUGCUACACCCUGUAACAACAUGUUGCUACAGGGUGACCAAACGUGUGCAACACGCUGCGUGCAACAAUGUUGACCGAGCCUUAACACAAUUUGCCUCUUAACGCUCAACAUUGUAACCCUGGCAGCUUAUUUCACCUCAGAGAUCACCCCUUAUUCAAACUCUGAGGGCAUGAGAAUAAAGCAACUGAUCGACAACUUGAAAAGUUCUUGAUCAUUAAAUUAAUUCUCUCUUGUCUAUUGUAUAGAGGAAAUGCAUACUAAUGAUAGGGUGUAAAGAGUUUAUAACUCCCACGAUUUUUCCCUCUCAAAAGAGGGGAUGCGGCCAGGACAGAUGACGAUCACUGACGAUGACGAAAAAGAAAAAGACAUCAAUGGCAUUAAUUAUCAAGUUACAUCUUGCUUUACAUCGAUUCACUGUAAAAUUCAUCCUUAGAAAUUUUCACCGCUUUCAAUACACUUUUUUUCGUCCAUUAGAUUGUGACGCUAAUCCUUGUAAAAACGGUGGAACGUGUGUAGAAGUACCCAGUACAAAAACCUACAAAUGCAACUGUACGGAUGCAUUCACAGGCAAAAACUGUUCAGAACCAACACCCGUCGCGCAGAGUACGGAUGCAUCCCGUGAGUACAGUAAACUUCAUAUUUUCUCUUCACUUUUCCCAUUUCAAAGAUAUCCCAAGAACUCAACCUGUCAUUCCUUAUGAUGCCAUUACCAUGAUCAAAUGCCGCUUAUUCCCUACCAAAUUAAGAAAAGCCAAUAAAAUGUCAAUAAUUUGCAGUUUUUAAAGUCUCCAAUUUCCAACACAAACCUCUUGUCAAUAUUAGCUUGCGGUGCAGUUGUUUCCUGGAGGUCUGGGGCCCAAUGGACCAAACAAAUAACGUGCAUGACCUGUAGAAGUUUUUAUCACUUUCAUUACACUUUUUUUUAAUUCACUAGAUUGUGAUGCUAAUCCUUGUAAAAACGGUGGAACGUGUGUAGAAGUAACCAGUACAAAAACCUACAAAUGCAACUGUACGGAUGCAUUCACCGGCAAAAACUGUUCAGAAUCAACACUCGUCGCGCAGAGUACGGACGCAUCCCGUGAGUAUAGUAAACUUCAUUUUUUCGCUUAAGAUAUCCCACGAACUCAACCUGUUAUUCCUUAUGAUGCCAUUACAAUGGCCGAAUGCCGCUUAUUCCUACCAAAAGAAAAGAAAAAGCCUCUAAGAUGUCAAAAAUAAGCAGUUUUUAAAAUAUUCAAUUUCUAACACAAACCUCUUAUUAAUAUUAGCUUGCGUUGCAGUUGUUUCCUUAUAAGAGCGAGGUCUGGGGCCAAAUGAACCAAACAAAUAACGUGCAUGCAAUGCGUGGGGGGUGGGGAGGGGACAGCUGGGGAGGGGGAAGAAACAAAACCUACUAAGGAAUACGAAGAGACCAAUUUACGAUUUAUUUUACUAAAAUGUCGUUAAAUCUCAGCUCAAUUAAAUCUUAAAAAACGAUUGCUGAAAACAAGCGAAGUAGCAAAGAGUGUGGCCAGAAACUUGCCAAUUUUAAUGUAACAGUACUAGUUGUACUUGUUUUCCAUUUCGUAGAAACUGUUGCAAGUCUUGAUAGAGGCAAUGGACAACCUGAAAAUUCAGAUGACUAUGACUUUGAGCUUAUAUUCAGUAAAACUCAACAUACAAGCCAUGUGAAACACGAUAUGAAUAAACAAUGGAUUACAGACUUUACCGUCUGUGCCUGGAUACACACACCAGAUUUACAACAGAGCCAAAAGAUGACUGUGAUAAGUAUUUUGAUCGAGAAGAAUGGCGGCAACCAAAACGUUGUGAGAUUGAGAAUCGACGGAGAAGGCAACAUCUAUUUUUCAUCAGGAAGCGACGGGUAAGAAGUUUUUGUGAGCCACAAUUACCAGAUAGGAAUCAUUUACCUUAUCGUUAUCAAUUUAUAUAGGCGCUUUUUUUUCGUUAAAAUAGAACAGACUUUUCCUGACUAUCCUUUUAGCUAAGCAUUUUUUGUUUCAAAGGCUGAUUUUAAGACAAGUAUAUCGACAUUCAGUCGUUUUUUCGUAACAAAGUAAAAAAAUCAAAUGUCAAUGUUUAAGUUAAGUAGUACGUGUUUAAAACGAAGGAAAAAAUAUUGUAACCUUUGAUAAGAGUUGCUUCAAUGUUAGUUAACAACUACUCACUGACACUGACGUAAAUAAUUGUUGCAAUAUAUACAACAUAGAAACCAAAUAUAUAAGCUUAUUUCAGUCAAUUAACCAAAAACGGAAAUUAAAUUGUUGACGCGCGACUUUGUCUCUUUGGCGACUUGGAGGUGAAUAGUACUUACAGAUACUAAUACAGAUCUUUAUCGAAGCGCCCUGAAUGGGUUUUUCAGCAUCAAUACAAAUGGUUAAAAGAUAUAAAACUAAAACUAAGAAUAUAAAACAAUUGUUACAGCUAGAAAUAUACAUCAGAAGAAUAAAAUUACUAAAUAAUAAAGUUAACCUAAUAUCAGCUUCGUAAAUUUAUGUUUAAAUUUCUUGGGACAUUUGAAUUGCUUAAGAUUGCUGCUAAAGCUCAUCACUUCCAAACCAGCCAAUCAGCGCGCGCAAAAGGUACUCUUCGCCUGCUUGGUAUAUACUAAAAUAAAAAGAGCUACAUAAGUUCAGUUAUACUCAAUACUCUAGGGGAUAAAGAGAUUACCUUUUAGUGAAUACUUGCUUUUUUUUUGAAGGACCUCCCUUUCCAACGUAUUCGCUACCAGUUCUCCGAAGAAUGAAAUGGUCUUUCUCUGUGUUCGUAUCAAACCUGACAAGUCACCUUAUAUAGAAGCCAUCGUAAAUACAGAUUUCGGUUCAAAUAAGACUAGCGACGGAGUUAAGUACGAAAAUGUUCAGUGGACUCAAGUAAUCAUCGGACAAAAUCAGGACAAUGACGGAACUAUUACAAACGACACCCCAUUCUAUGGAAGGAUUUCAAACUUAAACAUCUGGUUUAACCCUUUCACUGAUGCCCACAUUACAAAUUGGUACAACGGAGGUAAGAAGGAUUACAAGCCUACCAUCCUUACAUGGCCAGAACUUGGUUCUUCUUCCAGGAUUGGAGACGUUCAUUUUGUAAAGGUUACUUCUGCUGAGAGACGUAAGUUUAAUGGACUUGAUACUCUGCCUGAUUAUCCAAGUGCACUAAGUAGAGUGCGAAUAACGCGCAAAUCGAGUACAAAUAUCCUGCGAUAUUGCACAGUUGGUUAUUUUGUACAGAAAAAA